AUGGAAGGAAGAAAUCCAGGCUUUCCGAAUUUCAACAACAUUUCGAAACUAUAUUAUGGUUUGGAGGUCAUUCCGAUAUUGAGUCAGGGCUUUUCAAGGCUUGAACCAGUCAUGGUCAUCCAAAAGCGACCAAAAGCAAAAACAGGCAAGAACAAGCGCCGUAGGACUAAGUGCAAGAUUGAUGUAGUGGAACAGGCUGGUGAAGCCAGCAGUGUUGCUACAGUUCAAGCUGAGAUUACGGAGAUUAAUUCAAAUGAGACCACAAAGGUCGAGGAAACUUUGGAGGCAUUUACUGAAGAUAAUGACCUCGAGUCUCCCAUAGAUGAGACCCCCGAUGUCAUUCAUCUUCUGGAAGAGGCUACUACAAACAAAACUGAAGCCAGAAUCUCUGAAACGAUCAAGGACGGAAAAGGUAUUAUUGCAAACCAACGCCAGACAAACCUUCGUGUCUCCACAUCAAGCCAUGGCCAGGAAUCUUCUCAACUCACUGCCCAAUCCGAGGACCAAGCUGGACAGCUGGCUCAGGGCCAAAUAAUUCCAGAAGUCUCAGUUUCAGUCUCAGCCCUUGCCAGAAAUGAAGCAAUUUCAUCUAUGACCAUUGCUACAACAGGCACAAGCACCGCCAAGAAAUUGGUAUCUCAUCAAACUGUUGCCCCAGCUAUACAUACAACAUCUUCUCGAACUGAUGCCCCAACUGGAGGCACAGCAUCUGCCCAAGCCCCAACCAAAGAUGCAGUGGACCUUCAAGCUGCUGCUUCAGUGGAGGCCUAA